CUGAGGCGGAACUCGACGCUUCUAGCUUUCCAUGACGUAGGUGCUGAGCUAUCCUGCAUACCUGAACCACAUAAUUUGUGGAGACGCAGAGGCGUUUGAACUGCAAAGCAUUGCUUCUUCUCCACGUUAUGAAGAUAGACCGUUACGGUAGCUUCUCAGAGUUUAUAAAACAACACGCACACACGAUACCGCUGCAAGGGGAGAUUGUAGUUGUGUUUGACAGCGCCAACUACAAGGGGUUGCACCAACUCGAUUCUCCGAGCCUCCAGACGCUACACAGGUUGACCUGCAGCGAAGUGGUUUUGGUUGACAAUUUCUUUGCCCUACAGGCGUUUCUUGCUGAUUACUUACUAAAGGCCCAAGGGGGCCCGUGCCCCCAGUUGGCGGUGGUGGGGAUGCUUGAGUUGUUCUGUGCGUUUGGUGACGCCAUUUGUGAGGACACGCCCGAAGAGGUUGUGCUUCCAGGGAUGUUUCGAUUUCGAAAGCAGCACUUUAACGCAAAGUCUCUUUUGUUUCUUUUGACCAAACUAAACACGGUGCCAGGUGUGAGGGUGGUGGAGUGUGGGGUAGAGUCAGAGAUGUGCAGUGUGAUGCUACCGCUACUUCCAUUCAAGGAUGGUGCUUGGGCUUUGCAAAACGCUGGGGUGACAAAGGGUAUUACCUUGGGGGAGGUAACGGCUCGCUGUUUUGGACAGUAAAUGACCAAGGGAGAUGGACAGACUUGGGGUGUACCGGGGUGAAUGAUAUCUGAUAGGAUUGUGAGUUCAUUGAUGGCUUAUGAGCAAGAAAUUGACUAAACAUCUGGGCUUUGUUAUGACGUGUCGAAUGCUGACUAAAGAAUCGAGUAGAAUUCUAGGUUAAAGAGUUCAUGAUAAGUGACGGCAAACUUCGUUUGGUCUGGACCUUUUAGCGGAAGGUGUAAAAUUUUCAAAAUUUGGCCCUCCGACACAGUAUUGGAGAUUUU